AUGCUGCGAGUAGCUACCAGCGUCAUUAAGAGUGCCACAGUGGCUGCUCAGCCACGUCUACCAGUCCGCGCACUGAUGGUCGCAUCGCAAUCUCGAUCGGUCUCGAGUACAUGGUCAAGGCAGCGCAACGAUGACUCUCCCAGCGGUGGCAAAAGAAGUCAGGGAGAAGCAAAUCACGGCUUGAACACAUCUCGCUCCACAGCUGGAGCGAGCUCUGGUCGAGCAGCUUCAUCCUCGUAUCCCGCCUCACCAUCCUCGCCAACCGCUACAGCCCCGUCAACGCCGAAACCGGUUCAAAUCUCGUACAAUCUUGCCAACAAGCGCACCGCCUCUGGAGGAUCGAUCACGCUGAAUCUGCCACCGCAGCUCGUCCAAGCCAUGUCUCGAAAGAAGAACGCAGUGGUCGCAAAGACGUCGUCGGCACGUGCCAAAGCGCAGGCUUCGAAAGCUCUCCGCCAGACUCUGCCGGAACCUACGACGGGCCAAGUAUAUGCCUGGGCGACGGCGCACUCUUACUCGUUCUCAGAGCUGAUCAGGUCCGGAAGGCUGCCGGCCAACUAUCAGAUCUUUGAGGACAACGAAGUGAUCCACGUGCCUGAAUGGCCUGUGCCCAGCUCGGCUGCUCUGGCCGAUGCGUCGACUGCUGCAACUCGGGCGUCGAAUUCGGUGGCGAGUAGAGGCGAGGUGUUCCUGUUUCGCUCGGGAUCGUAUGUUACGUGGGGCUUGGAUGAAGAGCAGAGCCAGAGGUUUUUGCGAAGCGUGAUUCAGGGCAGGGAUCUCAAGUGUCAGGUGGAAGUCGGCAGGUAUUCGCAGAUUGGAGAUGAAGCCAUGGAUUAUCUGUACGCUCCUUCUCAACUGACGCGCGUGCAGGGCGAUAUCAUCGUGAUCGGGCAACCGCCCAAAUCGUUUGACGCCGAGGCGGACACAAUGGCGGAUGACAGUGCUUCCGACAGUGCACUUGUAGAAGACGUUGACGGCCAAGCUCCGAUGUUGACCACUGACGCCUCUGUGGACGCUUCUGGUACGCGCUCUACGACGUCGUCGACGGGUUGCAGCACAUACACGUGCUUUGGCACAGAAUGGACGCCGAUGCUAGCGCGUCUCGCCUUCUCGCAAGGACUCUCGCGCUCGGCACGUCUCUCAGUGCAAGAAUCCGCGCUCUCGCGCUUCCUUACCACAGUCUCGGCGAUCCCUGCACAGCUGGAAACCGCGGGAUCAGUGCCACUCUCUCGCACCGCUACCAUCAAACACACCGGCACGCUCCUGCGUCUGCGUCAAACCGCGAAUCUGGACAGGGACAACUUCUACGACGAACCUGAAGUGUACUGGGAAAACGCCAAGUUGGAAGACCACUACCGAUCCAUCUGCCACAACCUCGAUAUUGGGCAGCGCUUCGAAACGCUGAAUGAGAAGCUGGACCAUUGCGAGAAUCUGCUCGGUGUGGUAAGGGCGUUGUUGACCGAGAAAAGCACGCACCGGAUGGAGCUCAUCAUCAUCGGCCUCAUCGCAUUCGAGGCUGGCUUGGCGCUAUUGGGCCAUGGAUGGGUACCUACCCCCGACAACGUCAGCGGCUGGUGGAACGAUGCGCGCCACUACUUUUUCCCACACCAACAUCCAGCGCACCUAGUCCAGCAGGACGCGUUAAUUCCGACGCCAAACUCGAUCUCUCAGCCUCAUAUCGUCUAA